GCCUUGCUCAGAGAAGAGAGAGUAAGUACAGAUAUUAUCUAGCCAGUGUGAUGCUGCAGAAUUAUUUUGUGCCAAAAAUCUCAAAUUUUCAGGGUAAGCUCCAAUUUCCACAACACACAAAGCAGCAUUUACUCAUUUCACUGUCCUGGAUCCUACUCAGCGGUCUGCUACAUGCACAAUUAAGAAAUGUCCUUUCCACAUAAACGACCCAAGCCGCGAUUCAGCCUGUUUGCAGCUGAUCCAUUGGAUCCACCAGCACCAAAAAUCCGUCUUGCAGACCGAAUAAAAGCAUCAGCGAGGACCAUGCCGGGGAUCAAGGUGACCUCGUUUAUUUUGGGCCUAACUGGCGGCAUUCUUGCCGCAGCCAUGUUCAAGCAUUCUUGCUCAACAUCAGCCAAAACGUUGACAGCGGAUGUCACUAGCAAGUUGGACCACAUGAGACGGCAGCUUGAAAAUGGCGGCGGCGUACCACAUUCUCUACAGGACGAGGAAUUUGUCCGAACGUCCAGUCAAGACUUCACUCGGGACCUAGGUUUAAUGGCCACUGUCAAGUAUCAUUGUCAACAUGGAUGGAAUCAAGGAAUAGAACACGUUGCAACGGUAUUGAAUUCCUUCAUUGAGCGAUAAUUAUGGUUUUUUUUUUUCCUUUUGGUUGGUUGGCAGCAAUGAAUAGACGUAAAAUUAUAGUAUCAUGUAAAUAAAAGUAUUCCUUCCACAUCAAGUCUGAUCGUGUAGUGCAAAGCCAAGGAAAGUAAUAGGGCAAGGUCCUCACGACUGAACCGACACACCAGCUGGACCCUGACAAGGGACCUGGGACACUUCAG